GGCCAGGGCGCCAUGGAGGCAGGGGGCUCCCCAGGUUUGGAACAAAGACUCCACAUGCAGGUCCCCUGAGCCUGGGCCAGCAGGACGGUGGUGGAGCCCGAGAGAGGCCACAGGCAGGAUGGCUGAUGCUGAGAGGAGCCGGCGGGAACUCUGGUGCCCAUAGGGGCAGCUCCAUCUCCUGAAGAUGAAGGGGCCCAGGUGAAACUCAGGCCAGGCCCAAUGGCCAGCUCCGAGACGGAGGUCCACUGGGCCGAGUCAGGCCUGGGAAAGGGGCCCCGGCGGAGGCGCUGGGCCUGGGCUGAAAAGGGAAAGGAUGCUGAUGGGAGUGGCACAUGCAGCUUGGUAGAAGAGGCGCCCUUUCCCAGCGCCACCAGCCCUGAGCUCCUGGAGGACUUCCGCCUGGCCCAGCAGUGCCUGCAGCCGCUGGAGUGGAGGGGCCCGGACUCACAGCCUGAUGGGCACCCAGAUCCUGAAUCAGGAGAGUCUGCAGAAGAGGAGUUUGAGGCAGAGGAUGUGGACAGCCCAGAGAGUUCCAACUUGCCACUCAACUGGCCCCCGCAGCAGGGUCCUCAACUGGACAUGACUGAAGAGGAGCCAGAUGAGGCCCUGGGAGGUGCUGAGGUCCAGGAAGCUGGAGAGAGCUCCCCAAGAUUGGGGUAUGAGACUGAUCUCAGCUCGGGGGGCAAUGGGAACACCAGCCCCAUGGCUCUGGGCUGGGGUCAACCCACAGGCUGGGUGGCUUCUGAUGAACAAGCCAGUGGAGACAAACUUCGAGAACAUUCUGAGGUCAACCCAACUGUGGACCUCAGCUCUGCCAGGUCAUGGAGCAGUGGAACUGUGACCCUCAACCCCAGUGGCAGUCUGGAUUCUACCUGGGAAGGAGAGACUGAUGUCCCCCCACCCGCUGCCCUGGCAGAAACGUCACCCCAGAGCUCCAGCCACCACCUCCUAAACCCAAACGAUAGAACUGGAGGAAGCGUUACUCUGCUGACGGCCACGGAAUUCCAGGAGUCCUCAGCCCCUCCAGCCCAGAGCGUCCAGUGUCCUGCAGAUAGAUGGAGGAGAGAAACCACCAGCCUCUCCUGCCCUCAGCCCGGGGACCAGUCCUGGAAGAGGACACGGAUAUCACCUAAGCCUCUCCCUUCCCGAUUCACCGGCUCCAUCAGCCCCCUGAAGCCUCCACCUAGGUCAGCUCGACAGGACAGGCCGCCGCCCAGGCCGGGAGCCACUCUGGCUGGUCACUCAUCUUCUGAUGCCCCCAAGUACGGCCAGGGUCGACUGAACUACCCGCUCCCUGAUUUCUCCAAGGUGGGACCCCGGGUGAAGUUCCCCAAAGAUGACAGUUACCGCCCCCCCAAAGCCAGGAACCACAGCAGGCUGCCUGAGGGCCCUGCCAGGCCACUGAUCUUCAAGUCACCUGCCGAGAUUGUGCGGGAGUUGCUGUCAAGCAGCGGAGAAGUCUGCCCGGGAGAGGACCCCCCUCCUACUCACCCCACCACCAGGGUACCCCGAGAAUUUCAGACACCCGAACAGGCCACCAAGCUGGUCCAUCAGCUCCAGGAAGAUUACCACAAGCUCCUUACCAAGUACGCUGAGGCUGAGAACACCAUCGACCAGCUGCGCCUCGGAGCCAAGGUGAACCUGUACUUGGACCCGCCCCAGCCCAGCCACAGCAUCCACACAGGGACGAUGCCCCAGGGAACCAAGGUCUUGUCCUUCACCAUCCCACAGCCCCACUCUGUAGAGCGGUGGCCAGGCCCCGCCAAGGGCCUGCAGACCUCUGAGGCUUCAGGGUGGCCAUCAGCUGAAGGAGACCUGAACCCCUCCUCGUACCCCAGCACACCCGCCCUAGGGUGGCUUCCGGAGGACCCGGGCAUCGCCCAGGACCAGCCCUCAGUGGAGCAGGCCCAGGAGCUGACUUCUCGUGCCAGUCGGUUCCUGGCCAAGGUGGAGUCCUUUGUAGAACUGCUACAAGCAGGACAGCUGACACCCCAGGACCAACUCAAGGUCUUCCAGCAGCUAAAGGCUGCCCACGCGGCCUUGGAGGAGGAGUAUCUGAAGGCCUGCAGGGAGCAACACCUGGCCCAGCAGCUUGCCGGCUCCACGGGGACGCCCGGGAGAUUUGACCCCGGCAGGGAGCUGGAGGCAGAGAUAUUCCAGCUGGGAAUUCGCCUGGAUGAGCUGAAGGACCACAUAGACCAGAACCAGCAGGAACCUGAGCCAGCCGGGUCAGACUUGGCUCUGGACAGCUCCCCAGCCAUGCCCUCCCCCGAACAGCCAACGGGCCUGCCCCCUUCUUUGGAGCAAGCCCCCACGCCUGCCAUCCAGACCCUCUGCCCUGAGCUCGACGCCAUCAACACUGGCCCCCACCCAUUGCACGUGAACUUGGAUCUGAGCGCUACCAGCAAUGAAGUAGAGGACAGGCCACUGGGCCUUCCGACCCCGCUCGGGCACAAGGAGCUGCGGGUGGAGCAGGAUUUCCACGGCCUCCUAGAGCGGUACCUCAGUGUGAAGUCUCUCCCGGAAGCCCUGAGGCUGGAGGAGGAGGAGGAGGAGGAGGAGGGGCAGGGCCACACCUUGGAAGUUGAGGGGCCAGCUUUAGCUUCAGGAAAAGCAGCAGCCACCAGGCUCCCCACCAGAGAGCCCCCAGCACAGGCUGAGAGAAGUCACGGGGGCCCCCUCGAGGAAAACGUGGAGCAGAUGGCGUCUGUGAAGCCAGCUUCCGUGGCCAGAGACAGGCACCUGCAGGGCCUGGACAAAGCUGAGGCAGCUCCUUCAGGCCCAAGCAGGCCCCCCCCACCUCAGGGCACCAAGUCUGCGGAGUCCCACCAGAGCAGUCUGACCAGCCUAGAGGGAAGUGGCAUCUCUGAGCGCCUUCCACCGAAGUCUCUGUGUGGAGCUGGCGGGCCCCACCUGGAGGAGCCCUGGAUGGCAUCCCCCGAGACAGACAGUGGCUUUGUGGGCUCAGAAACCAGCAGAGUGUCACCCCUCACUCAGACCCCAGAGCACCGGUUCUCCCAGAUCAGCACCCGAGGGACAUUAGCCCAGUCUUUCACUCCGUCUGUGCCCCGAGAUGCAACCUCCCACCACCAGACCAGGGGUCUUCCAGUACCCAGAAGAGCCUCUGAGCCCAUCAUACCCAGGAGCCGAGCCCAGAGGCCCCCACCUGGCCAAGACAGUCCUCUCGGGCAGAGGGCCCCCAGCUUCUGCCUGGAGCGGGCACUGGCGGCUGAGAUGGUGGUCCCUGGCUCAGAGUUCAAGGGGCGAAAGCAGCUUUCUGAGCAGCUCCCCCAUGGCGCGACAAUCAGCCUACCCCCGACCCUGGCCCCUGCAGCUGCCGCUCCACCCCAUGGGCCCACAGAGACCACCUCCACCUUCCUCCUCACCAGGACGGGGCGAGACCAGGCCAUCCGUGAGCUGCAAGAAGAGGUAUCCCGGCUCCGGCUCCGGCUGGAGGACAGCCUGCACCAGCACCCCCAGGGCAUCCCAAAGCGCCCAGCGUCCAACCUUGACCACCCCGCCCGGGCCCGGGACCAGCCAGCUGAUUCCUCAGCCACUUGGGGCUCCCAUUAUGGCAGUAAAUCCACAGAGAGAUUGUCUGGUGAGCCUGGGGGUGCAGAGCAAGCAGUCCCCGCGGGAAGGAGGCAAGCCAGGUCCUCCUUGGUGCCUCGGGAGGUGUCUCGAUUGUCCCUGAGUUCCGAAUCUGAGCCAGCCUCCCCCUGGCUGUUCUCUGAGAGGAACAAGACCACCGAGGACAGUCCACAGGCAGCUCGGGAUAGAAGGAGAGGAGUGGGUAGCACCCGUCGGCCAGAGAGGGUCACCUUCCGGGGCCAAUACACAGGCCAGGAGUACCAUGUUCUGACUCCCAAGACUGUCCCAAGAGGCAGUGGCCCAGUCUCCUGUCCCCACUGCCGACCCGCUAGGACAGAGGAUCCAGGUGAUGCUGGCACCAAGGACCCACUGGGACCAUCUCACACUGAGACCCAGCGAUGUCCCCUGUGUGGUCGAGUUGGGUCCUCCUCCAAGGGGGAGGACCCAGACUCAGCCAGCUCUGCACCAGAAAUGGCCGCCACCAGGAGAAACGCAUCUUCUACCUCCAGCCCCAAACAAAGGAGCAAGCGGACAGGGUCGUCACCCGGGCCGCCUCCUGCACUGUGGUAUCUGGCUGCCGCGCCCUCAGCACCAGCCCCUCCUGCCUUUGCCUACGUCUCCUCGGUUCCCCUCGUGCCUUAUCCAUCAGCCACUGUGUACUACGCGCCUCCAGCACCUACCUCAGCCCCCUUGGCCCGAGCAGCUGCCGAGUGGCCCCCCGCAGCCUCCUCUCGGCCGGCCAGGAGACCCCGGCACUCCAUCCAGCUGGACCUGGAGGACCUGGAGGAGCUCAACAAGGCCCUGAGCCGAGCGGUCCAGGCUGCCGAGAGCGUCCGCUCCACCACCAAGCUCAUGAGCCGCUCCCUGUCGGCCGACCUGCGCCAGGCCCGCAGCCUGCGGGGCUCCUGCCUCUUCUGACUGCGCUCAAGGCUCAGAGAUGCACAGUGGGCAGGGGUGGGCAGUCCCUAUCGCCCUGGAGGCCCCGCAGACCCUCGUGAGGA